ACUUGUGAAAAUCCCACUUAUUCAAUAAUUACUAAGCCACUCUGGUCUUGGUACGCUUCGCAAUGUCUCUGAUUUAAAAUGCCUUUGUGACUCAGUGCAAUGUGACUUUGAUUCUCGGGUGAUGUCAGUAGUUGCAAGGCUUUUAAAAGUCUCUGAUGCCUUGGUGAUGGGUUUUCUUUUUGUAUCUGAUUCUUGGGUGCUGUGGUGUGAUGUGAUGUGUUAGUAGUCGGGUGCGUUUUGUUAACGUCUGAUUCAUGGGUUUGGGUGCGUAAGAUAUCCCGGGCAAAGAUUUGCUCGGACAGCCUCAAUGGUAGCUGCAUGUGGUGGAGUGGGGCGAGGGAGCUGUCAGGCUUGGUAACCAUUUAAAGCCGGUUGAAAAGCUAUGGCCCGGGUGCUAAUCGUUGGUGCCGGUCUCACUGGCAGCCUGUCCGCCUCCCUGUUACGCAGAGAGUUGCCGAACAAGCUACAAAUCUUUGUCUGGGAGAAGGCGAGAGGCGCAGGAGGAAGAAUGAACACCAGCAGAAGUCCCCAUGACCCAAACUGCAUGGCUGAUCUGGGAGCACAAUACAUUACAGUAACACCAUUCUAUGCAGAAAAGUAUCAGAGUUUUUAUGACGAAUUGUUAUCACGUGGCAUUUUGCAACCAUUGCUCAGUCCUAUUGAAGGAAUGGUAGAAAAAGAAAAGGGAGUCCAUAACUAUGUGGCCCCUCAAGGGAUUUCUUCUAUUGUCAAACAUUAUCUCGCAGACUCAGAAGUGUACUAUAAUCGACAUGUUACCCACAUCAACCUGAAAGAAGGCAAGUUGGAGGUCUGCAGCAAUUCAGCUCCUUCAGAAAUGUUUGAUGCAGUGAUUCUAACGAUGCCUGCUCCACAAAUUCUUCAGCUACAAGGACAUAUCGAGACUUUAAUAAGUGAAUCACAGAGGCUGCAACUGGAAACAGCAAGAUAUUCCUCACGGUUUGCUUUGGCCCUUUUCUAUGAAGCCGGCACGCGGAUUAGUGUCCCUUGGGUGGCAAAGUACAUCGUCAAUAAUCCCUGCAUAAGGUUCAUCUCCAUUGACAAUAAGAAACGCAAUUCAGCAGAAUCCCCUGAAGUUGGACCUUCCAUAAUUAUUCACACUACAGUUCAGUUUGGAGCUCAGAACAUGCAGAAAGAUAAGGAAGAGGUAGAACCUCUCAUCCUCGAACAGCUACAACAGAUCCUGCCAGGAUUGCCCAAGUCUAUUGGCAUCAAGUGUCACAAAUGGAGAUACUCGCAGGUCAUCAAUUCCAUCCCAAACUUUCGAGGGCAGAUGACGCUUAAAGAACAGCCACUUCUUGUGUGUGGCGGUGAUGGGUUUACACACUCAAACUUUGACGGUUGCACAGAGUCUGCUUUAACAAUCUUGGAUGUGUUCAAAUGUCAUUUUUUAAAAUCUGUAUCAUGCAAUUCUAAAUAGUUUGCUUUGUCUCAGAUCUCAAUCAUUAUUGCAAAACCCCAUUAAUAGACGGCUGUUCAGUGUGUGGAUGGAAUCAAUAGUUUGACCCCGUCCCUAACCCCCAAGAGAAUUUGGUAUUGUUAUGACAUGGGGUAAAACCCUCUGCUAAUUUAAACCAGCAACACAAAAGAUUCACCCCGUUAUAUAAUUGUUAAAAUUCAAGAGGCAAAGAACUAUCCCCAAAGUCACGAUUUAAAGUAAAACAAAUUUAAGGACUUUAUUCUUUAAGUCUAACAAAGAAUAUUAACUAACAACUAUUUGCAACUCCUUUCUCUUAAUCUAUCUUUUACUUCCCCCUCUGGUCCAAUAAA